AUGGGCUUCACCGAUUUUCUCAGUGAUGCUGGCUUGACCCACUCACCUGUGUCCUUUCUGCAUAGCUACUCUGCCACUCAGGCUGAUGUCGCCUGCUUCAAGGCCUUGAAGGAGGCUCCCGACGCCAAGAAGUUCCCCCACGCGGCCCGCUGGUACAAGCACAUUGCCACCUUCGAGGAUGAGUUCGCUUCUCUGUCCGGCGAUGCCAGCAAGCCCUACACCGUCUACGGCCCCGAAGCCGCCGAAGUUACCCUAAACCCGUCCAAGGCCCCCGCUGCCGCUGACGAUGACGACGACGUCGAUCUAUUUGGCUCUGAUGAGGAGGAUGAUGCUGAGGCCGAGCGUGUUCGCGAGGAGCGUCUGGCCGAAUACCGCAAGAAGAAGGAAGCUAAGCCCAAGACCAUUGCCAAGUCGGUCGUAACUCUUGACGUCAAGCCUUGGGACGAUGAGACUGACAUGGUCGGCCUUGAGUCUUCCGUCCGUGGCAUCGAAAAGGAUGGUCUGGUCUGGGGUGCCUCCAAGUUGAUUCCCGUUGGUUUUGGUAUCAAGAAGCUGCAGAUCAACUUGGUCGUCGAGGAUGAGAAGAUCUCUCUGGAUGAACUCCAGGAGGAGAUUCAGGAGUUCGAGGACUACGUCCAGUCCACCGAUGUCGCCGCGAUGCAGAAGCUCUAA